UUAAAGAAUUAGGUGACAAGAAUCGUGGUCAGCCAAAAAAUUUGGCUGAAACCAAAGCUCUUUAUGAUAAAUUACUGCAACUGGAUCCAAAUGCAUAUUUCCGACCUGCAACAGAAGAAGAAAAGCAUGAAGAGCAAGGAUUUUUUGAUGAACCUGAAAUUGAGAAAGCAAAUUUUCAGCAUGAAACAUUUCUAAUG